UGCUUCUCGAGUACGCCCGGCCGUGUCGCUACCAUACGCUGAAUCAUGGCCGCCGCGUUUGGGUGUUGUGAGUACUGAUCUUCCACGACGAAGAGCCUCGCGAACGUGAGUCGUCGCUGCCCCCGUAUUUCCCUGUUCGAAAAAUCGUCACGGAGGCGGUGCACGGUCCCUGUCUUUCAAAGUCAAGCCUGCGCGGCGCCGGAACAGACGCAGGGCCGAGUGCAAUCAUCUCCGCCGAGGAGCGAUGACGCGUGCACAUCGUUGAAAGAGCGGGGAACGGUGUGUAUGUGCGUGCGUGUGUGUGUGAGAGAGAAAGAGAAAAAAGAGGGCUGCUGCCGGAGCGCGGAAACAACGGCAUGACUAUACGGUUCAGGGGGUGGAUGAUAGGAAUUUACUUCUGAAAGUCCAAGAUCAAAGGCAUUCAAAACGCUGGAGAAAGACGGCGGAGCUUCGGAGGAGGGGGAGAUGUCUGCUGGUACCCAGGGCGAGAUACGGGUUGGCCCUUCUCACCAGGAGUUGGUUUCUUGUCAGGCCCGUUUGCCUGAGUAUCGGCCGGGUAUACCCCCCGGAGAGCUGCCACCCGAUCCAGAAUUCUCCAAGGAGCGCGAGGAGCUAAGAUGGGUACCGGCUAUGGCGUUGGAUGGGGAUCUGCUCAUGUACCUGAGGGCGGCCCGCUCGAUGGCCGCGUUCGCCGGUAUGUGUGACGGCGGGUCCCCGGACGAUGGUUGCGUGGCCGCAUCCCGCGACGACACCACCAUCAACGCGCUGGACAUCCUUCACGAUUCUGGCUAUGAUCCCGGUAGGGCACUCCAGGCACUCGUCAAAUGUCCUGUACCAAAAGGCAUCGACAAGAAGUGGUCCGAAGAAGAAACUAAACGAUUUGUCAAGGGUCUACGACAAUUUGGAAAGAAUUUUUCGCGCAUCCGCAAGGAUCUUCUUCCACACAAGGACACGCCGGAACUUGUGGAGUUCUACUAUUUAUGGAAGAAGACCCCUGGUGCGAAUAAUAAUCGGCCGCACCGUCGCCGGCGACAGAGCUCACUACGGAGGAUCCGCAAUACGCGUAAUUCGCGCGCCGGUACCCCCAAGGAGGAGGUACCGACACCCACUAAGGAAACGCCGACGAGCAAUAUUAACGCGAAGGAGACCGCGUCCGAGGCCGAGACCGUACCAGUUGGUACCCCGGCCAGCCACAACCCCGGUGGCGAGAUCAGUUCCGUAACCGAGGACGACAACUCCGAGGAAGACAGUGACUCGCGGGACACCAAUACCAACGGCGCAGCGCACUCGUGCCAGCACUGUUUCUCUACUAGUUCAAAGGACUAUCAGGUGGCCGGCAAGGAUCGGCUGUUGCUCUGCGCGGAAUGCCGAUCGCAUCUCAAGAAAACCGGAGAACUACCGCCUGCACCGCCCUACCUGUUCCGCCCAGUGCCUGCGGAAUCACCGGAGAGUCCCGGUAGGAUGCGUACACGGAACAAGGCCAAGGAGACACCGAGGCCAGCUAGACCGCGACGCACCGGCGGUACUGACACACCUGAUCAGGAGAAACAGCAGCAAACGCCCGACAAAAGUAAAAAGAAGUCUUCCGGCAAGGCGGACACGCCGAAGAAAGGUCAGAAGCGCUCGUGUCAGACGGACGAUACUUGCGACGAGGACAAGGACGGGCAGAAGCGAAAGCGCGCCGGCGGCGGCGGCGGCGGUGGCGGCGAACGGCCUGAAAGUCCGUCCGAGUCACUGACCACCGAUAGUAACUCCCUGAUGGACGAGCCAGAAAGGGAGACGGAGGGAGACGCAAACGAGAAUCAACCGACACCGCCCGCGGUUGCCGGCGUGGCUGGCGCGGAGGAACCCGUGAGUAGUCCGGCGGUAACGACGCCCGAGGAGCCCUCCGAGCCGACGCCGGUGUCUACCCCGGUGCCGGCCGCGAUACAGAGCUUGCCGAUAUCGGUGCCGGUGAUACACAGCCUGGAGAAGAAACCGCCAGCUUUGCUGGAUCAGGAGCCAAUGGAUCAAAGUAAGGUGAUCGAUCAGGCGGAAGAGCCUGUACCGUUGGCCAUGAAUCAACCAUUGAAAUUGGAACCGAUCGAGUCGACGAUGUCGCCGACAUCCAACGAGGAAGCGUCAGGCAAGGAGCCAGAGCCGACGCAGUUGAACCUGAGCACAUCCCAGCCACCGCCGUCGUUGAUCGCCUCAGGUCCAGGUGACCCAGGUCCCGCUACGGCACGCAAUCUCUCACAAACCAUGCCGGGCAUCAUCACUAGCGUAGGCUCUCAAGUGAUGUCUAGCUCACAGAUCCCGGUGAUAUCACCCAGUCAACAACCGAGCAGCGCCGGUGUCGGGUUGCCGACGAGUCUUAGUAUGCAAUAUGUACCGCCGCCGCCGCCACCGAUACAAAACAUGCCGCAGAACCUGUCACAAAGUAUGCCACCACAGUUAGCGCCAGGCAGCGUGCCGCCAAACGCGCCAAGUAUGGGACCAACGAAUCUUCGCGCCCACGCGGCAAACGAGAACCUGCCAAGUGUUGCACAAACAUUGCCGCAGGGCAUAUCUGCCGGACCGCCGCCGUUGAAUCUCAACAUUUCGCAGAGCGUAUCCACCGGUAUUGGAUCAAUCGGUCAAAUGCCGCCACAAAUGCCACCAAUGCCGAGUUCACCGCAGCCGCUCGGCCUGACGGUUAUGUCGGCCGAGAGCAGGAACGUGGACAGAAUGACGGAUGAUAGACUUUCAUCAGGCGAGCGAGCACGCGACGCCCGAAUUACCGAUUCUCGAUUAAUGGCCGAACGCAUGUCGGAACGUGCUGAGAGCGAGCCUGAACGAGCGGAGCCGAGUAAUCUGUUUCAACCAAUCCAGUCUGGUGGAAUGUUACCAAUGGAAAAAUCCGCGGGUAUCUACAACCUGGCCACUACGCCACCGAUGGAACCGCAGAACCUGAAGAUUAAGCAGGAGAUCAUGCCACCGGAGCCUGAUCCGCUGCAAAGUCUGAAGGAGGUGAAGGUGCCGGGUUUCCAAAGUUCCUCUUUCCCUGGCCCGAGUCUUGACAACAUCAAGAAAGACCCGGAUGGUGCUAGCAAACCACCAACGCCGAGCAAGCAUUCCUUGCCGCCAGUCAGUCAAGCGGUACCGUCGAUUCAGCCAGUCGCAGCAUCCACGCCGACGCCGACGCCAACGCCGAGUUUACCGCCACCACCCAGCUCCAUUCCACAGCCGGUGAUGCAUCCAGCACAGCAGCCGAGCCCGCACAUGGCUCAUCCUUUCCAUCCGCAUCAUCCGCUGAUGCAUCACUCGCUGUUCACUGCGAUGCAUCCGUAUCACCCGCACGCCUAUCCGGGAUAUCCGCCGGUGGGAGGAUAUCCGUCCUUCCCGUAUGCCUACGGCCCAGUACCUCAUGCCAUUCCGCCGCCCUCGCCGCAACGUAGUCAAGAGAGCAGCACUAUGAUGGCGCAUCACGUUAGCACCAGUUCGAGCGUCACAAGUAGAGAGGAGGGCGAAAAUUUGAUCGCGAGCCAUCAUCAUUCGUCCAGUAUACAUCAGCAACCAGCAAACUUGCAUCACGACAAAUUGCUGACUAUCUCUUCUCAUAGUUCGCACAGUCAUUCUUCGUCGCAUAGCUCGCAUAGCUCGCAUAGUAGUCAACGUAAACCGUCGCUCGUCUCGGCUACAUGUCUAUCGUCAUCCGCUGCUUCUACGCAUCAUCACCAUCGUCCACCGCAACAGCAGCAGCAGCAGCAGCAGCAGCAACCGGUGGUAGUUGAACCGAAAAUUGAGCAGGAUAUGGAACCUGAAACGGAGGAGCCUAUCAGUCCCCGAGGACCAUCACCGGAGCCGCGCCUCGAGGACUCUGAAUGUCAUCGUUCACAGUCUGCUAUUUUCCUUAGACAUUGGAAUCGCGGAGAAAACAACUCGUGCACACGCACGGAUCUUAUGUUCAAACCCGUACCAGAUUCCAAAUUAGCGAGGAAGCGUGAGGAACGUUCGAGGAAGCAAGCUGAACGCGAACGAGAAGAGCGUGACCGUGCUGCUGCCGCUGCUCAACAGGCGCGGAAAAUGACGACUCCAGAAAAACAACCCGAGAUAUGUAAACCGCCCAGUCGUGGACCUCUCGAACCAGUGGUAUCGCCGUACGAUCGAUAUGCUGCACGACCGACCUACACCGAUACCCCGGCACUGAGACAACUGUCGGAAUAUGCUAGACCUCACACAACUUUCUCACCUGCUAGACAUCCGGCUCCACCUGACCCGAUGACCUUACACUACCUUUAUGGCCGCGAGGCCGCGGCAGCGCAGCGAAUGGAAAUAGAACACCUGGAACGUGAGAAGAGAGAACGCGAGAUACGCGAGCUACGCGAACGGGAAUUGAACGACAGAUUGAAAGAAGAAUUGCUGAAGGGCACACCUCGACCAAUGCCAGCGCCACCAGCGGUCGACCCACACUGGCUGGAGAUACACCGCCGAUACGCUGGCUUAGCUCCGGGUCCUUCCGCUCCGCCUCAAGCCUUGCACCAAUUUGGCCUGUACGGACCUCCGCCGGGUCCGAGUCAACUCGAGAGGGAACGUCUCGAGCGACUAGGGAUUCCGACUGCAGCCGGCGGGGGGCCAGCAGGUGGAGCGGCUGGCCAUCCCGUGGCGGCUCAUCAUCACGGCCAGUUGGAAGAGCGACUGGCUCUAGCCGCCGAUCCGAUGGUCCGGUUACAAAUGGCUGGCAUCUCGCCCGAGUAUCACGCUCACACUCACGCGCAUACGCAUGCGCAUACGCACUUGCACUUACAUCCGGGACAGCAACAGGCCCAGCAACAGGCUCAGCAACAGCAGGAAGCCGCUGCGGCUGCGGCUGGAUUUCCUCUGCCGGCUGCGGCCAGUGCCAAUUACCCUCGCCCUGGUCUAAUGCCACGUGAUCCUGCUCUGGCUCUUCAUCCGGCCGAACUUCUAGGAAGACCGUACGCGGACAUGGCUGCGCAUCACGAGCAGUUGCAACGACACCUCAUGAUGGAACGUGAACGAUUUCCUCCGCAUGCAUCCCUUGUCGCCCAUCACGAGGAAUACUUGAGACAACAGCGUGAGCGCGAGCUUAAAGUUCGCGCAUUGGAAGAAGCCGCACGUGGAUCGCGUCAAUAAACAUAUAUAUUUUUAUUUAUAUAUAUAUAUAUGUGCGUGUGUGUGUAUAUAUAUAUAUAUAUUCCCUUAUCCGUGCACGCUCGCAAGCGUGCCUAAAUCGUAUAUAAAUAUAUUAAUAAAACAUUAACAUAGAGCAUGUGUAUAGACCUAUAUGCAUUUAUAUAUUUUAUAUAUAUAUUUAUACAUUGUUUAGGAGCGCGUGAUGUGCAUAUGUAAGAAUACAUACGUAUAUAUAUGUACAUACACGAUACACAUAUGCGCGGUUCUCUCGACGCAACAUGACGCAGUUGGAGACCCCAUUCGGGAUCUCGUUGUAUAAUCUACCUUCUAAGAUCAGAAAUUAUUUUUAUGGUCUUUCAGAUUGAUGUAAACGGCAAGAAUUAUGUAUACACACACAAAGCGGGCGUAAAUUAUUGUAAACGCCUCGCUGUUGUAAAUAUCAUGACGGAAUUAUCCCAGUGCUGGUGUUGCGCCUUUGUCCAGCAUCGGUGUUGGCCCUUAAAGAGAAACGAAGAUUUAUACGUAGUCGCACACAGAGACGCUUGUCGUUUUUCGAGUCUUGAGAGAGAGAGAGAGAGAGAGGUAUCACAAUGUUAAUUAAUACCACCACGCUGUCGACGAUGUGUGUACCGUUCGUCGAUCGUGCCUGAUCCAAUUCGAUCAAUCUUGCGUUUCGAAUUUGAUUUCAAGUGGUUGGAACAUGCCAAAGCGCUCAUACGAGGUGAAAUUGCACAUCGCGGUUUUUACUUCUUCCAUUUAUGUAGAUACAUAUAUUUUAUUAUUCUCGUAUGUGUAAUAAAUAAACGCGCGUGUCGUUGACUCGAUCGAGUCGAGAGCGAUUUUUAAGUGAACGGAACGUUUUCUGUUUGUACAUGUUUUUAAGCUAGUAAAAAAAAAACGUACAUUGAAUUAACUGGCUCCAAUUAUUGUCACGCGAUAAUAAGGUGUGGGUGGUGUGUACAUGUGUGUAGAAUGCGAAACGAAUAACAAGUAAAUUAAUGCAAAUGUCUAUCAUGAGGACGGAGAGAGUAACUCCGAAUAUUUUUUGAGGCCCACACGAUGAACUCUCUUCCCCCACAUUAAUUCAGCUCGUCCACACAGUCGCAUAAAGCGUAGUCUAAGUUACACUCUUAUUUUACUGAUGGAUUAUUGGACAGUUGUAUAUUUUCCAUAAUGUACUCUGUAAGGUUUUACUCGUAAGAUUUUUGCGUUAAAAAGUUGUGAGCACUUUGGUGACACAGCCAGCGUUCGUCGGAACCGAUGAACAAGGAGAAAUGAUGAUUUUACCAGCGGAUGAAUCGAUACGCGAUAGACAAUAUCGAACGUUGAAUUAUUAAUCUUACGAUCCGAUUAACCGUUCAGCAAAGUGUAAAUUUUACGCUGUGUAACUGAUUCGAUGUAACCGAAUAAUUUAAUUGAGUAAAUAUUUCAUACG